AUGCUACGUGAAUACUUGGGGCUUUCGGCCGUCCUGGUUGUUUGCUUGGCCAAAGAGAGUCUAAAAUGGGAGGAUUUGGAAGAAGAUCCAAGCGACGCGGGGCCUGCGGAAGCUCCACUGCUCGGACGGAAUGUCGCGAUCGAUCUAUGCCCUGUUCCUACCGCACCGAAAAACUCCAAGGUUCAAUGCCGGCUCGGUAAGGGUCGGAGAAUGUGCCGUGCAACAUGCCUGAAAGGAUUCAAAACGGCCGACGGGGAAACCGAGCAGAUUAUUGUCUGUUCCGAAGAUGAGGGCAAAUACACGCCGAGAGGAAUAUUUUCAGAUUGUGAAGCGCACUGCGAGAAACCAUGUCAAAACGGCGGCAGGUGCAUCGGAAACGACGAGUGUCUCUGCGAGGCCGCCUACCGGGGAGACUCCUGUGAAUAUGCCGUGAGUCUUUGCGAUGCCCAUUUCUCGGAGUUUCUGGGCACUUGGCGCUGUGGACACAAAAAGAAUGGGACCGAAUGCCGGAUCAGCUGUCCUCCUCCGUUCUACUUCUCUUUCGAGUCGCCGAAAAUACACACCUGCAGCGUGGAGGGGGUUUGGUCUCCUCCGACGAUUCCGAAGUGCAUAGCCGAUGAUCCCGAGCUGGAAUUGGUCCCUGGAGAGGUCACUCGAGAUGAGAUGGAGGAUAAAAAUCAUAGGCAAAACAAAGCCGAGGCUCAUGAUGAAUACGAAAUCUACGAAACGAUCAAUGUCGAGAAGCCAGAGGAACAAUCGAACUCAAUAGUGAUCGAGGCCCAGGAUGCAUCGAAUAAUAUAAAGCGACGAAAGAAAUGUCCCGAGGGUAGAGUUCGCGUGAAAUGUGCCUCAAGCUGUCAAGCGACCUGUCAGAAUCCUGGCCUAGUAUGUCCGCCAGCGGACAGCGGAACUGACUGUGAGGAAGGCUGUGCCUGCGCUGAAGGCUUCGUGCAACUAGAAGAUGACUGUGUCCCGAUACAGGCAUGCCCGUGCUACCACGAAGGCUUCGCAUUCAAUCACGGGCACUACAUCAUUCAAGACUGCAACACCUGCACGUGUCAUGAGGGCAGUUGGCAAUGCACGAAUGAGAUUUGCGACAGCGAAUGUUCAGUUCUGCUGAACACAUUCUACAAGACUUUCGAUGGCCACGCGUACUUCACCGGAAUCGGUUCGUGCACCGUAGUCCUGAUGCAAGUCAUCGACGGCGCUCAAAUCAUCCAAGACAGGAGUCAUUGUCCUGAAGACUCUACGAAGGUCUGCAUUGGCGAUCUCGUGGUGAAUUUGGGCGCAAAGGCGCUUCGAGUCACGAGGGAUCGCAAAGUCGUGUUCGAUCACCACGAAGUAUCGAAUACUCCAGCCGUGUUUCUGAGUCAUAAGAUCCUCGUGACAAGACCGUCGAGAGAAUUUGUACAGGUCAAUGUCGAUGGCAUAAAGAUCCUGACGAAUGGAAACGAUCAAAUUUCAAUCGAAGCUUCACCUGUUUUCUUCAACCGCACUGUUGGUCUCUGCGGAACCUUCAACCACCAAAGAUCGGACGAUUUCACGACUCCGAAUAAUGACGUCACGACGUCAGCGAGCUCUUUCGCCGAACAAUGGACCGUCGAGAAAGGUCAAUGCCGUUUCAUUGAGCCCGGGAACUGUUCGAACAUCGACGACCUCGAGAAACGGAGAAAAAUUUGCGAGAACCUGUUCCGAGAUUCUUCGAUAUUCCCAACUUGCCUCGACAAAAUCGCUCCCGAGCUUCACUUCGCACAAUGCAUGGAGGCGCUCUGCACCUGUACAUCUUCGAUCGAGGAGUGUCUAUGCCCGUUCCUGAGUCACUAUUCGCGCUUGUGCUCCAACAAAGGCUCUACGACAGAGUGGACCCUCCAAGUGCCCCAAUGCGCGGCUGAAUGCCAUCAUGGAAUGAGGUAUCAGCAUUGUUCUACUUCCUGUCGAUCGAGCUGCUCUCACCGUUCAUUUUUCGGUCGGAACUGCUCCGAAACCUGUGUUGAGGGUUGCGCAUGCCCUGGAGGACACAGCUUAUCCAGUGACUCGGUCUGCGUGCCGUUCGAUGAUUGUUUGUGCUACUUUGACGGCAAGGAGUAUCAAAACGGGUCCAGUCACACACGGGAGGGCGAAAACUGCUUGUGUCGGAAUGGGCUCUGGGAAUGCGAGACCUCUACUGAGGAGCGUGAUAGCUCCGAAAUCGUUCUGAAAGAAUGCGGCAUCAACGAAAUUUUCGUUCAGUGCGUGGACCGAUGUGCGCCCACCUGUGAUGCCUUGAUCGGAGUUCCGGACUGCGAAGAUACGAUAUGUACCCAAGGUUGUCAAUGUGCGGACGGUUUCAUCCGCAACGAGCUGACGGGACGCUGCAUCAAACGGAGGGAUUGUCCCUGUUUCCAUGGCGGCAAGACGUACAAUGAAGGGGAGACGGUCAUACGCGGAUGCAACAAAUGCACAUGCUCGAGCGGCACAUGGAGCUGCUCGAAGGAUCCUUGUCCGGCUAGCUGCGAUGUUUGGGGCAGCACUCACCUCAAGACAUUCGAUAAUGAGCUUUUGGAUUUCGAGGGGACUUGUGACUACGUCGUAGCGAGAGCCAGCAGCGAUCCGGGGAGUGCCGCAUGGUUUCAGAUAGUGCUCCGGAACUUCAAGUGUGUAGAAGACACCGCAGAAUGCCGCAAGAGCAUCUUGAUUCAGCAUGCGAAUCAAUCCACCGUCUUGACUGGGAAGUCCUGGUUUCCGGCGAGCUCCGAAUCGCAGCUACAAGUUCAGCGGAUUGGAUCUCUAUACACGAAAGUUUCGCUACCGAACCAAAUUUCGGUUUAUUGGGACGGGGAUACGCGCCUCCACGUCCUCGCAGGAGUUCAAUGGAGGGAGCGGGUUUCUGGACUAUGCGGGAACUUCAAUGGCGAUGACAGCGAUGAUCUGAGAACGUCCUCAGAUGGGCCCCUGAUCAAAUCCGUCACCGGAUUCGUCAAGAACUGGGAGCUCAAUCCCCAGUGCAGGCCGCCACAGAUCCUGGAUAUCAAUUGCUUGGAAAGCACCGUGAGACCUCGAGUUAAGCUCAGAUGUCAGGUCUUGCGGAGUCAGCUCUUCGAGGACUGCCAUAAUGAAGUCGACGUGGAGCCCUACUUCAAGAGGUGUGUCGCGGAUGCCUGCGCUUGCGAGGAGGACGGGGAAUGUCAUUGUCUAUGCACCGCGAUUGCUAUGUAUGCCCACCAAUGCGCUCAAUUAGGAGUACUGAUCCAUUGGAGAAAUCAAGGACUGUGUCCCCUCCAAUGCGACGAAGAUUGCGAGAAAUACACCCCAUGCGUUCCCGAAGCCUGCGAAAAUGCGCAAACUUGCCGAGCCGUGAUAGAGCAAGGAGUGGCCCUGAACUGCGUUGAGCAGCAUUGUGUUGAGGGCUGCAGCAUUCCGAGCUGUAAAUUAGGAUACAUCCACCCAAACGAAACGACCCAUGAAUGCUUGCCCGCGUCAACUUGUGUCACCGAAGUCACAGAGGGGGCAUCCUGCGAAAUCGACGGCGUUACUUAUGCCGAGGGCCAGCGGAUCCAAACAGAGGACCCCUGUAUCUCUUGUUUCUGCAUUCGGAGAGAGAGGAAAUGCAUCGGGCGGCCCUGUGAAGAUUCUUCCGUUUCUGAACCUAUUUGUUUCGAAGGAUGGUCCGGCUGGAAGAGUGAGACUUCGCCGACGUCGGCGUUCGGCUACGACAUGGAAUAUCUCGCACAUCAUCGAUGUCCAUCGAGCUUGAUUGAAGCAGUCGAGUGCCGUCGCUUACACGAUCAUAUUGCGUGGAACGAUAGCGUCGUGGGCGUUAUCUGUGAUACUCAGAGGGGACUCGAGUGCACGCCUGAAAAUCGCGAACCUUGCGCCGAUUGGGAGAUGCGCGUAAAGUGCUCUUGUGAAGAGGAACAAAGCUGUCCACCAGGGCAGCAAUGGUCUUCUUGUGCCGUGAAUUGUGCCCAAACCUGUCACAAAUUCCGGCGCGAUCUGAUGCUCCGAGGGCAAUGCGUCGAUCGAGAAUGUGUACCCGGCUGCGUAAACCAUCAUUGCCGAGCUGAUCAAGUCUAUUCAAGUUACGGGCAGUGUGUUCAAAUCAACGAAUGUCCAUGCGUCCGCACCACCGGAGAGAUCGUAGCCCCUGGAGCGGUCUUCCUCAGCGACGAUUGCACGGAAUGUCAGUGCCUGAACAACGAUCUCCUGUGCCAGCGUUUGAGCGGGUGUGAUCAAGAGGCUGAGAGCUCGGAGACCGAGAUAAGCAGAGACGAUUCACUUCAAGGUUGUUGGACUCGAUGGAUCAGUUCACACAACGCUGCAGCCGCCGGAGAUUUCGAGAACACCCGAGAGCUCAUAGGAAUGAAUCUAGUUUGCCAAGAACCGAAGGCGAUUCAGUGCCAAACGAAAGAGAGCCAAAGGUCUCCAGGGGGCAUCGCUUGGACGGCCACGGGACAGAAUGUCACAUGCGAUCUCGAUCACGGCCUCUCCUGUUUCAACACGGCAAAUCCCCGAGACGGUUGCUUCGAAUAUGAAGUGAGAUUCUACUGCCCGUGCGAUCACGAAAAUCAAGCUACGCGAAGGAUCGUUGAUCCGGCUAACAGCACUACGACCACCAUCGACUUCAUUUGCCCGGAACCGAACGGUCUCUUCCCCGAUCCAUUGCAUUGUGAUCACUUCUAUCAUUGCUCCAACAAUUUCCCCUUCCACAAAGCUUGUCCCGCGGGGACGGUUUUCAAUACUGCGCUGAAAAUUUGUGACCAUCCUUGGAACGUGGAUUGCAAACGAGGUGAGAUCGUCUCGGACAAAAUCGCUGCGACAACGUUCACUUGCCCCAGUCCGAUGGGUUUCUUCCCCGAUGUCCACAACUGCAACUUCUUCUAUCAUUGCGUGCAGAACAUUGCCUAUCAUAAAUUGUGUCCCGCCGGUCUAUCGUUCAAUUCUCAAUUGAGGAGCUGUGGAUACUCUUCAACCUGUCGCUCAAGCGAAGCCGAUUCCAUCAUUUUCCCGGUUCCUGAACCUCCCCCAUCACCCGUGUACGUCGUGACAGAAGAAUCGCACGGUAUCAUUGCGCCGAUUAUCACAUUCGCCUGUCCUGAGGCUUUGCCUGGAUCAGGAGAAUCUUGCGGCCAGUGUAUCAAGGGCUUAUUCUGCGAUGGUUAUGGGAAUUGCGUCCCGCUGCAGAGCUGUCCUUGCGUCAGAGAUGGUAAGCCAUUCCCGGUCGGAGGGCGCAUCGAGUCGACUACUUGCCAGGAGUGCAUGUGCCAACUGGGUGGGCAUUCCGUUUGCACACCAAUCAUCUGCCCCAUCUGUCCCAACGGUAUCCUCGCCACCUUGGACAACACAUGCCGAUGUCAAUGCGAAGAGCAUCGAAUCAUCGUGGACUGCCCGAAAAAAUGCAGCAACGGACAGUGCCUCGAUUCGUCCCGUUGGUGCGAUGGGAUCGUCGAUUGCGACAACGACGAGACAGAAUGCUCUCAGCAAGCCGAGCUUAAGCCCGCGCCCUUUCCUUCAUAUGACUUGAUCCACGGUCCUGCGACAUGCGAACUCAUCGGCAAUCAUUUGAGGACGUUCGAUGGUUCUGACCUCGCAUAUGACUAUUGCCGAAACGUACUGGCCGUUGAUCAAGCGGAGCAACUCUUCAGAGUCAUAGUGAGUCGAGAGUGCUCAUCUUCGUCGAGCUGCGAGCCUGUGGUGAUCUUCGAGAGUGCGAACCAACAAAUUCAGGUUGACUUGAAUUCUCACCAUGUUACCGUAAAUCAGUCGAGCUUCACUCCGGCCCAACUGGCUACAGCUAACCUUGGCGAUGUCACGGUGACGGCAGUCGGUGAUGUCUUGGAAAUCGCUCACCGGGACCAAAUUGUCAAGCUGGUCAUCUCGAAGGGCUCCCUACGGCUCACAGUCGACGGAAGACUGAAAGAUCGAUUGAUGGGCUUAUGCGGACUCUUCAAUCACAACCCGAAAGACGACUUCACCAAUACGGCCGGCAUGAUUGUGGAUAAUGUGAAGCAGUUCGGAGACAGCUGGGCGCUCCCUUUGAGCCCUGGAGCCAUCUGUGUGUCUCACACCUGCCCACCCGAAACAACCAUGGGGGCGAUGGACAUCUGCGGGAGACUCAGCGCUGCCCCGCUGUCCGCCUGUACUGGAAUCGAGGACUCCUUCCGAAAUUGUCUGGCAUACACUUGUCAAUGUCUCCGCACAAACAAUACUGCCGAAAGCUGUUUGUGCGAUGCUGUUGCCGCCUUCCAGAAGUCAUGUCUCGACAAGCACGGGAACCAGAUCCUCACCAAGAUGACCGGCUGGCGCCAGCAGUAUUCGUGUGUGCCGAAAUGCCCACCCGAUCAGUUAUACCAGGAGUGUGGUCCGUCCUGCCUUGUAACUUGCCAGAACUUUUUCGACGCGGGACAGUCGAGCUGUGUCUCUGACUCCCGUUCUUGCAUCCAAGGCUGCUUCUGCCAUCCGGGUCUCGUCUUGGACUAUACGACCAAUUCUUGCAUCGAGCCCGAGAGCUGCGCCGAUAAGGUUUGCUUUGGUUUUGGCGACCCCCAGGUGAAAACGUUCGAUGGAUACAGCUUUUCGCUCGACAAAUCCGGGGCGUUCAACAUAGCGACAGACAGGGAUGGUUUAUUCACUGUUCGAGGCUUGAAUGCUCCUUGCGCUGAGGGACUCUCCUGUGUCAUCGGCUUGGAAGUUGAGCAUAACGGUCAUUUCGUCAAAGUUCAGAGAAAUCAACCGGUCCUGAUCGACGGAGACUCGUAUCCUGAAGACGCAUUGCCAUGGUCGGCACCGCAUGCCGCAUUCUCCGUAUUUUCAUUGCAAUCGGGCUCCAAGGGUACAACGGUGGUCUCCUUGAGUCGUCUCGGUGUUCAAAUACACUACAGCAAUGAGAAUGCGGCUUUCUCCGUGCAUGUGCCUUCGAAGAAAUUCUUCGACAAAAUGGAGGGGCUCUGCGGUAACUGCAACAACGAUCCAGAUGACGACCUCAUAAUGAAAGACGGCGAGACUACGAACGAUAUCUACACCUUCAUUUGUAGCUGGGGUCGCUUUGAAACGGAGCAGAAUCGACGAGAGUGCGUGAUGGACUUCGGUCGGGAGGAACUCAUACCCCCGGGUCCGAUCAUUGAAGCCUGUGAACAGGUUUUCGAAAAUUCCUCGAGCUUCGCCGGAUGUCACGCAUUAGUCGAUCACAAACCUUAUUCAGAACAGUGUGCGAGAGAAACUACAGCGAUGACGUCUCGGGGAGAAGCCCACAGAACAGCCAUUUGUAAUUCAGCGCUCGAAUACGCCCGACGAUGUUGCGAGCACGGAGUCUCUCUCCACUGGUGGACGGAUUUAGAAUGCGACACGACUUGCCCAGGCGACCUCGUGUACGCGUCUUGCACUGACGCUUGUCCGCAGACGUGCGCGGAAACGCUACCCGACGACGAAUGCCGGAAGGUCCGCAUUCACGGCUGUGUUUGCCCUCCAGACCACGUCAGAGACGGGAACGUAUGCACUCCGAAAUCCCAGAUCUGCACAACGCCGAUGGAAAACUGCAAAGUCGUUGAAGUUCCGAACUCCGCGCAAAUUUUCGAACAUCAGGACCCAACGCACGGCCUGUGCACCAAUCCCGACCCGAUUCAGAAUGCGACAUUGUGCUCUGGAGCGUGCGCUUCAACGUCUUCGUUCAGGCACGAGAAUGACAUCGAUAGCAGUUGCGGAUGCUGUGUUCCUUCUAAAUGGUUGCCAAUUCUGGUUCCAUUGCGCUGCACUGACGGUGAAAUGAUUUCGAGGGAAUUUCGUCAGCCCCUACACUGCAAAUGUGAGCCCUGUGGAGCCUUGGAUGCCAGGAGAAAGGGUGACCGCGCGCUGCUCUCGGAGGGCUCUGAUUCAAAGGUAGAACCCAUCUGA